AUGAGUGGUAAAUUUGUUAGAGCCUCAAAGUAUCGUCAUGUCUAUGGACAACCAUCAAAAAAAGAAUUAUGUUAUGAAAAUUUAAAGAUAACUAAGAAUGCAUGGGAUUCAAAUAUUAUUCAAACCAAUGGUAAAUAUAUUUCAGUUAAUUGGGAUGCUUCAGGAGGUGGUGCAUUUGCUAUAAUUCCAAUAAAUGAAGUUGGUAAAGCUCCAGAUACUGUUUCAUUAUUUAGAGGUCAUAAAGGUCCUGUUUUAGAUACUGCUUUUAAUCCUUUUAAUGAACAAGAAGUUGCAAGUUGUUCCGACGAUGGAAAAAUAUUAAUUUGGACUAUACCUGAUGAUUAUUCAUUUCAUAAGUAUUUAGAUGAAGAGGAGGAAGUUAAAGACAUUAUUGAACCAACCAAAAUUCUUGAAGGACAUUCUAAAAAAGUUGGAUUGAUUAAUUAUCAUCCAUGUGCUGAAAAUGUAUUGGCUUCAAGUUCAUUAGACUAUACUGUUAAAAUUUGGAAUACUAAAACUGGUAAAGACGAAAUUUCUUUAAAACAUAAAGAUCUAGUUACUUCAUUUGCAUUUAAUUAUAAUGGUUCAUUAUUAGCAACGACUUCAAGAGAUAAAAAAUUAAGAGUUUGGGAUGUAAGAAAAGGUGAAAUUAUUUCAGAAGGUGCUGGUCAUAGUGGAGCAAAACCAUCAAGAGUUUGUUGGUUAGGAAAUACUGAUAGAAUUGUAACAACUGGGUUCUCAAGAUUAUCUGAUCGUCAAGUUGGUAUAUGGGAUAUAAAUAAUGUGGAAAAGGGUCCAAUUGAUGGAUUUUUGGUGGUGGAUGCAUCAUCAGGUGUGUUAAUUCCAUAUUUUGAUGAGGAUACCUCAAUAUUAUAUAUUGCAGGAAAAGGUGAUGGUAAUAUUCGUUAUUAUGAAUAUGAAAAUGACUUGUUAUAUGAAUUAUCACAAUAUGCAUCGACAGAUCCACAAAGAGGAUUUGCAGUAACCCCAAAAAAUAAAGUCAAUGUAAAAGAAAACGAAGUAGUCAAGAGUUUCAAAACAGUGUUAGAUAAUUCAAUCGAACCAAUUAGUUUUUAUGUACCAAGAAGGUCAGAGUUAUUUCAAGCUGAUAUAUAUCCAGAUUGUCCAUCAAGUGAACCAGCAAUUAGUGCAGAAGAUUGGUUUGGAGGUAAAGAAGUUAAUGGGCCAAUUUUAAUGACAAUGGAAUCAAUAUUUGAAGGUAAGAAACCCGAAUUUAAAGAUAGUAAACCAGCUACAAAAGUAUCAGAAGCUAAAGAACAAAGUGAUAAGCAAAAGGCUGAAGCAAGACAAAAGGAAAAAGAAGAGAAGGAAAAACAGAAAUCUACAAUUAAAGUUGAACCUAAAAAUAUUGAUACUCAAAAGGAUGAACCAAAAAAUGUUGAUGAUGUAUUAAAAUCAUCAAGUGAAAUUGGAAAUUUAAUAAAUAAAGUAGUUGAUCAAUCAGAUGACGAAGAUCCAGAGCUUGAUUUAGAUGACAAGGAAGAUGAUUGGGAAGAAGUUAAAAAAUCUGAUGUUAAAUCUCUUUCAUCCUCAGAAAGUAAGAAAGAAGAUCCGAAACAAGAAGAAACAAGGGAGGAAGAACCAGAGAAAGUAGAAUCUAAGAAGGAAGAACCGAGGAAAGCGGAAAGUAAGAAAGAGGAACCAGUAAAAGAAACCAAGAAAGAGGAACCUGUCAAAGAAACCAAGAACAAAGAAUCUGAAAAAGAAACUAAAAUUGAAGAGCCAGUACAGGUAGAACAAAUAAGUAAAGAAGCAGUCAAACCAGUAGAGACAAUUAAAGCAACAGAAGUUUCAACUUCAAAGAAAGAAGAAUCACCAUCAUCAUCAACCACCACCACCACAACAGCGAAACCAACUUUAGGUUCAGCGAUUGAAAAAUUAUCAAAUUUAGUAAUUAAAUUAGAAUCACAAGUUGAAAAAUUAACAGAACUGGGAUUAGAAAAAGAUGAAAGAUUGAAAUCUUUAGAAGAUAAAAUUGAACAAUUACUUAGAAAAUAA